UGAAUUCAGUUGCGCAUUGCACUUGGUGGUGCACGGUUGUGAUUUUCGUGAUAUUGUAGUUGUUUCGUGUAGUGUCUCGGUGCUACUGUCUUUCGAGUUACUGUUAAUAGCAAUACGCAAUUGCAUGCAAAUCAACACUAGACAAGUUGUUAGCAAGUGCAAUUAGCCAGUGAUUCGUGUAUUGAUUUUUAAGUGCAGAGUGAACACGCAAUGUCAAAGGAUUUAGAUGUUGAGCAGGCGGCGCAGGCGACAAUGACGACGACUUCGAUUGAAGUCAAAGCUGAGCCUGUUGUCGAACCAACAACAACAGCAGCGGGCGCAGCAGCAGCCGCAAUGCCAGCAACAAAUGUCGAUAAAGGCAGCAAAGCGCCAGAGGAGCAAAAACAGCAACCAGUGGCAGCAGCAGCAACAACAACAAUAACAACAAUAGUAGAACAAGUGCAGCCAACGGUUGCCGCCGUCGUCGAGGCGACCGCAAAUAAAGGCGACAACAAGUCCAAUAUGGAUCCAGCGCUGAUCAACUUUAAGGUGCUUUAUGUGCUGACCCAGCUGUGCGGCCUCACAACGAUUGUGCUGGUUGGCACCUGGAUCGGGCAGCAUUUUGGUGGCCUGGGCGGCACUGACAAUCCCAGGCUGGAGUUCAAUUGGCAUCCACUCCUUAUGACCAUUGGUUUUAUUUAUUUAUAUGGCAAUUCCAUACUCGUGUAUCGCGGUUUUCGCACCACGCGCAAGAAGACACUGAAGCUCACCCACGCUGGCAUACACUUGGCCGCCUUCGUAUUAACGGUGAUUGCCCUGAAGACUGUAUUCGAUUCGCAUAAUCUGGUCGAUCCGCCCAUACCCAAUAUGUAUUCGCUGCACUCGUGGCUGGGCCUGUCAGCGGUGAUCAUCUUCUGUCUGCAGUAUGUGGCGGGAUUUAUGGCCUUUCUGGUGCCGGGCAUGCGGGAGAACUACAAGAUUGCCCUGAUGCCGAUGCAUAUAUAUUUCGGUUUGUUUGGCUUCACCCUGGCCAUUGCCAGCGCCGUCAUGGGGCUCACCGAGAAGGCCAUCUUUACGCUGGGUGCCAACUAUUCCACACUGCCCGCGGCUGCGGUGCUGACCAACAUAAUUGGCGUGCUGUAUGUUAUCUUUGGUGCUCUCGUUGUGUAUUUGGCCACGGAACCCUCAUAUAAGCGGAAAGCUCUACCGGAGGAUACUGCUCUGCUCUCUGGUCCCGUAAAUGAGUAAAUUCUAUUGACCAACCAGCUGCAAUCAUUACUUAAGCUCAAAACUGUGCACAAAACUAAACAAACCCCAAAAACGGGAUAAUAUUAACCAUGUGGUGCUUCGUUUUCGUUCUUCUCAAAUGCUAUACGAAAUGUUAAAGUUGAAAUGCAUUGUUUUAAAUA